AUGGGCGGGGUACAGCCCAAAGUAUCCCGUGAGCCUCCUAAUCUGCUUAUGACAAAAAGAAGGAUGGGAAACAUGGUGGAAAAUGAAACUUAUGACGGCCAUAAACGACCUGAUAAUAAGUGGAGAAACCAGUUUAAGGGGGAUCGAAUAAGGGUCGCGACAUGGAAUUUUGGGAGUAUAACGGGAAGAGCGGGAGAAGUGAUCGAUGUAUUGCAUAGAAGGCAUAUAGAUGUGUGCUGCAUACAGGAGAUCAGAUGGAAAGGAAAUGGCGCAAGAUUGAUUGGCAAGAUUAGUGAAAAGUAUAAAUUUUGGCAAGGAAGUAAUGAUGGUAAGGCUGGAGUUGGGGUAUUGGUUGCGGAGAAAUUGGUAGACAAAGUAGUCGAAGUGAGAAGGUUAGAUAACCAGAUAAUGGUUAUCAAGAUGAUUUUUGGUAGAAAGCUAUAUAAUAUUAACUCGGCAUAUCCUCAGGUUGGAGAUAUAUUUUGGGACAGUCUAUUGGGGGUGGCAUCGAGACUGGCAAAUGAAGAGGGGAUUAUCCUGACUGAUGAUCUGAAUGAACAUGUGGGAGCGAGUAGUGAGGGUUAUGAAGGAGUACAUGGAGGGUUCAGUUACGGCAUGAGAAAUCUGGAAGGGGAAUUUUAG